CUCUCUCUGACUUCUCCGAUUCAUUUUUUAAUUUUCGGGUUCUUUGUAUCAUCUUCAGGACUUAAAACACUUUCGAGUUCUGAGAGGCGGAGCAGAUAUUUUCGUUUUAUUUAUUUCUUUUAAUUGUUUUUUUUCAAACUUCCUAUCUUCAAACCAACGGAAAACGACCGCCCCUUGUUAUGAUGGAAGAAACCCUAGAAAUUCCUUCUUUGAAUUCGCCAUGGAUCUCUGGUCCUGACAAGUUUGAAUCUUUCUUUCUCUUCUCAGAACAACCAUCGUUGUCUCACUUUUAAUUCUCGACUUUACACCCAACGUGCUCUAGAUCUGAAUGUUUUAUAUGACAAACCCCUUCUGUUUUGUGGAGUUGUUUUCUCGAGCCGGAAGAUCUGUAAUUCGCGUGCAACUUCAAUUUGGAAAUUGGAAUCUCAGUUGAAGUUCAACUUGAGAAGAAAGAUGAUCUCGGUUUCUGAUUGUUGAUUGAACUUUCAAGGUUUUUUGGGCUGAAAAUUGUGUGCAGAUUACUUCCUCUGCGAUAUUGAAGUGAAACGCAGCUUCAGACUUUUUGAUUAGCUGGGAAAUUCCGCCGUUUCUCGAGUUUUAUUUUUGUUUCUCUGAUUAUUGAACUAAAGAUGGUUUUUUGGGAAGGGUAUUUGAGUGAUGAAGCCAUGGGUACUUUUGCGCCGAUCGUAGUUUAUUGGUUGUACGCUGGAAUUUAUCAGCUCUUGCCGCCGAUGGAUCAGUAUCGGUUACAUACCAGAAAAGAGGAAGAAGAGAAGAACUCGGUACCCCUUUCUGUGGUGAUCAAGGGUGUUCUGCUGCAACAGCUCGUUCAGGCCACUGUCGCUCAGGCGCUUUUCAUGUUGACUUCAAAGGCAAGCUCACCUGGGGUCACAAUUCAGCCCUCCCUUCUGGUUCAACUCAUACAGAUCAUUGUAGCAAUGUUUGUCAUGGACACAUGGCAGUAUUUUGUUCACCGCUACAUGCACCAGAACAAGUUCUUGUAUCGCCAUAUCCACUCACAACAUCAUAGGUUGGUAGUUCCCUAUGCAAUUGGGGCCCUUUACAAUCAUCCACUUGAGGGUCUUCUGCUUGACACCUUUGGAGGAGCGCUUUCAUUUCUGGCAUCUGGAAUGACUGCACGGACUGCUGUGAUCUUUUUUUGCUUUGCUGUUAUUAAGACAGUUGAUGAUCAUUGUGGACUCUGGCUGCCUGGCAACAUCUUCCAUCUGUUCUUCCAGAACAACACUGCUUACCAUGACAUUCACCAUCAACUGCAGGGUGCUAAAUACAAUUAUUCGCAGCCAUUCUUCCCAAUAUGGGAUAAAGUUCUUGGAACCCACAUGCCCUACGAUCUUGUAAAACGCCCAGAAGGGGGUUUUGAAGCAAGGGCAGUGAAAGAUUAGCGUGUUGAUCAUUAACCGUUUGAGUUCUAAGAAUCCCAUAUUUACAUGCUCAUUGGUUGCUGUCCAGGCAGCCUUUUCUCUGCUUGAUACAGAAAUUCCUCAUAGUGGCAUCAACUAUCUUCUGGCUGGUUGGAGUAUUUUAGCGUUAGUUGUUGGUCAUUGAAUUUGGAUUAGUAGAAUUAGUUUGUUUCUUUGCCCUUGCUUGUCAGUGAUUCUUCUUUUGUUUUCCUUCUUUUUCUUUUUUUUUUUUCUUUCCUUUUUGUGUAGUUGGCUAUGUUGUAGUAUUUCACCAACUAGCCAGGGAUUUGUACUUUAAUGGUGUUCUGUAGUAUAUUUAUGGGUAGAAUGCUGCUGUUUCUGCUGUGGGGAUUUUUUUAGGUAAUUCUUGCCGUGGGGAUUGAUGUACCCACUUUGGGAGACCUAUUGGUUAUUGCUUAAUGUGCUGAAGGGAUUCAUAUUUCUCAAAUUAUGACCAUUAUUAUUUUUUUUCCAA